GAACGCAGAUGUAAAACCAGCAGGAUUAAAACGUUAUGAAUGGAGCCUUGUGUUGCCAGUGAAAUGUGCAUUUGAUUACCUGUUCAUCUUCCUGUAGGGUGGCACUGGUGUUUUUGUACUGAGCGAACAGGUCAUGGGAUGCAUCUGUAGCCUGGACGACUAGAUCCUCAGGAGUCUCAACAUGGGGAAAUUAUCUUCUAAAGUUGAGGUCUGCAUUCUCAUUUUUGCAGCUCUGAUAUUGAUGUGCAGCGCUUCAACCCGACGGUACUUCCCUCAGUCGAGAAAGCUCUCCUGGGAAGAUGCUAGGAAACACUGCCAGCUCUGUUUCAAAGACCUGGUGACAGUGACGCCUGAAAACGUCCAAACUAUUGCCGAGAACCUCACCUCUGACCACUGGAUCGGCCUCCGCAAGAAUUUCGACUAUACUAGCAACUCAACCAGCAACUCCACCGACAACUCAACCAGCAACUCCACCGACAACUCAACCAGCUACACCGUCGACAACUCAACCAGCUACACCACUAGCAGCCCCAUCAGCUACUCAACCAGCUAUUGGACAAGCAGCUCCACCAAUUACUCCACCAGCAACUCCACCAGCAACUCCACCAGCAACACCAGCUUGAUCUGGUCCCGCUGGGCCGAUGGGGAUAGACUCAUCUUCCAAAACUGGUACCCAGGUUGGCCAGUGUUUAGAUCCCACUUCCCAAGAAGAGACUGCUGCAGCUGCUCCUGCACCUGCCCAGCAAGGCCAACCACGACACCCGCAACAACCACAACACCCGCAACAACCACAACACCCGCAACAACCACGACACCUGCAACAACCACGACACCCGCAACAACCGCCACAGAAAUCACAUUCUCAUCCACAGAUUUUAGAACCCCAGAUUUCACAACUGAUGACAUGACAACCAGCCUCUUGGAAUCCAGAAGGCAAAUCGAGACCAAUGAUACCACGGAUGCGAACAAUGCAACUGGAAACACGACAGAUGAUUUCACAGAUGCGUACAAUGCAACUGGAAACGCGACAGAUGCUUUUACAGAUGCGUACAAUGCAACUAGAAACACGACAGGUGAUUUCACAGAUGCGAACAAUGCAACUGGAAACACGACAAACUCUACCAGCCUCUUGGAAUCCAGAAGGCAAAACCAGACCAAUGAUACCACGGAUGUUGAACACGGGACUACAGCUACGUCCUAUACUACUGCUACGUCCUAUACUACUGCUGCGACCCCCACUACGACUACUGCGACCCGCACUACGGCUGCUGCACCCACCACACCUACGCUGCCACUAGAAGCUGAAUGUGUGCGAUCACCUGUGCUGUUUUCGGACCCGGACCCCGAUGAGAACUUCAUCGAGGACUCCUGUGUGGCCAUGCUCAGCUUUGGGCCUUGGGUGGAAAAGAACUGCUUCGAGCUUCUGCCUUUUAUAUGUUACGACGAUGAUAUCGUUUAUGAGACCAGCGUGAGCAAUGUAACCAACCUGACCUCCGUGAGCGCCACGCUCACGUGGCAACCCGUGCCUGAUGUCAUUAAUUACAGAUUAGAGGUCAAAGGUGUCAAAGAAAUGACGAGAAAUCUAACUAAUGUGACUGACGGACUUUUCAACCUGACACCGGGCACCCAGUACACAGUCCAGGUGUUUCCUAUAAAGUGUGGGAGAGACCUCAAUGCACAGGAGUUCUUCUUCACCACCAUACCUAACAAAGUGGAGAAUUUCACAGUCCUCAGUCAGAAUGAAACCCGUACCCUCUACCUGAGUUGGGACAAACCAUUUGGAAAUUUUGACCUCUUUGAAAUUCAUUACUCCGGUAAGGAGAUUAAAACAAACAAGACUCACGCAAAAGUCGUCAACUUGACACCUGGAGUCCUUUACACGUUCAACAUCACCUCAGUGGCCGCGGGCCCUGACUCCACAAGGAGUGAAAAGUCUGCGAUCACAGUAUACACCAAGCCUGGGAAAGUGUCCAACCUCAAGGCGUCUGACAACAGCCAAGAGUGGCUGCUGCUUUCCUGGGACUCACCUGAAGGCGACGCCACGCAUUACUGGGUGAAGGCUUUGGAUGAAAAUAAUAUCUUGAGGUUUAAUAAAACGGUGACAGGACGACAAGUUAACGUGACAAACCUGCCGAUAUCCCAAAAUAUAACCCUCAGUGUGAUCGCACUGGCCAAUGGCACCCUGAAGGGAGACAAUGUGACCAUUUACACCUACACAGCUCCUGGACAAAUUUCAGACCUGGUUUUGAAGAGUACACAUGACACCGUCACUGCCGAUUGGAACGCUCCCCAUUUGGGUAAAAGUUCGAGUUUCAACAUCGAGCUCAAAGUGGGCAGUGAAACGAAGAAAUACAACGUACAUGAACGUACGAAGACGUUUCACAACCUGAACACUGCGGCCAAUUACACAGUGAUCGUCUCCAUCAGUAACGGACAUGUCGACGGCUUGCCAGUUCAAGACUCCAUUUUCACCCUGCCGUUGCCGCCUACUCAUCCCAAAAUCCCUUUCGCUGAUAAAGAACACAUUACGUUCAGUUGGACGGCCCCUGCCAACUCAUUAAAUGUCACGUAUGUUGUUGAAAUCAAGUCCGACUUCUAUCACUACAAUACGUCUGCUGUGGUGCAUCACCACACUCAGUACAACUUCACUGGCUUGAAGUCAGGGACCAAGUACGAUCUUGCAGUGAAAACAAAGGCGGGUGGAAAUUACAGUGUCCCAGCAGAUAUUUCACAUUGUACAGAUCCGGACAUAAGGGAAAUCACUAUGUCUAUGAUGUGCUCCUCGAAAGAACCUCUCCUUUGUGAUAAAAACAACACAAGGGACAACGUAUUUAAACAGCUGCGUGAACAUUUCAACCGUCUUUUGGGGCACUCUGUUUUCUGGGAACUCACGCAAGAAACUGUAAACUAAGAGACACAAGCAACAUCCAUCAUGUUUUCUUUUUUAUUUAGUUUGUAAUGGUGGAGAUAUUUCGGACAUUUGAAGGAAUUUCUUUCUUUUGCAAAUGUCUAACUGUUAAAAGCACUUUUUUUUUUUAAGAUAACUUUUUUGGCCUUUUAUGCCUUUAUUGAUAGGACAGCUGAAGAUAGACAGGAAGCAGGGGGCAGAGAGAGGGGCCAGCUGCAGCGAGGACUAUAGCCUCCACACACGGGGCGGCCACUUAACACACUACGCUACCGACCGCCCCUGUUAAAUGCACUUUUACUGCUGCAAAUUCGAGAGGUUUUUAAAUCUUUAAUAUUCAAGAUUCAAAACUUCAUUGUCUGUUAACGCAGGCACUAAAGGAAAUCUGUCAGUAAUAUAUUAAGUCAAUAUAAGAAAUUGUUUUUUAAUGAUCAGAGAGUGCAAAAACAUACUUCUAUAAUUAACUUUAUAUUUUCUGCGCUUCCCUUUUGUUUGGAUUGCUUUUUAAUCUAUUGUAAACUAAGAUGAAAAAUAAACAUAGUCAUGGUGUGAAAAACAGUGACUCUUCCUCCAUGCACUUUAUUUACGUGCAACAUUAUAUCUGCAACCUGCACCCAAUUCUAUAUCAAAUGUAUAUUAACCAUCUGUUAACAUGAUUUUUAUGACUGAUUUUCUGUAAUAAUCUGGAUCAUAACUCAUAUAUACAGGCCAAAGAUAAUGUUGUUUGGAUAUAAU